GCACAGUGGGCCUUUGUGCCAGGCAGGCACCACCCCCUGGCCCGCCCCUCCCGGUUCACCGGACAGUUCUUACCUGCUCGGCUGCCGCCCCAGCCAACAGCUCAGCCGGCUGCUCCUUUCUGGGCUCCACGCCCAGAGCUGCUUUUCGACGGUACAGCUGCAAGGCAUCUCAGGGGCUCGGUGCUACCGCCCUGCUCCCUCAACAUUGCGGGUCCCCUCCCCCGGUGCUGAUCAUUAACCAGGAGGCGGUAUAAAGAGCUAGCCGCCUCGGUUAGAGGGAGAGGGAGGUACGCGACGCCACUGCCAUGGACAGUAGUACCUGGAGCCCCGCCACCGCGACUGCUGUCACCCGGCCUGUUGAGGCCCACGAGCUCAUUCGCAAUGCAGCCGACAUCUCUGUCAUCGUCAUCUACUUCGUUGUGGUGAUGGCCGUUGGACUGUGGGCUAUGUUUUCCACCAAUCGUGGGACUGUUGGAGGCUUCUUCCUUGCAGGCCGAAGUAUGGUGUGGUGGCCGAUUGGAGCCUCCCUCUUCGCUAGUAACAUUGGAAGUGGCCACUUUGUGGGGCUGGCCGGGACAGGAGCAGCUGCAGGCAUUGCUACUGGAGGCUUUGAAUGGAACGCCCUGGUUUUGGUGGUUGUGCUAGGCUGGCUGUUUGUCCCCAUCUAUAUUAAGGCUGGGGUGGUGACGAUGCCAGAGUACCUGCGGAAGCGGUUUGGAGGCCAGCGGAUCCAGGUCUACCUUUCCGUUCUGUCCCUCCUGCUCUACAUUUUUACCAAGAUCUCGGCAGACAUCUUCUCGGGGGCCAUAUUCAUCAAUCUGGCCUUAGGCCUGAAUCUGUAUUUGGCCAUCUUUCUCUUAUUGGCAAUCACUGCCCUUUACACAAUUACAGGGGGACUGGCAGCGGUGAUUUACACGGACACCUUGCAGACGGCGAUUAUGCUGGUGGGAUCUUUAAUCCUGACUGGGUUUGCUUUUCAUGAAGUGGGAGGCUAUGACGCCUUCAUGGAAAAAUACAUGAAUGCCAUUCCAACUGUGAUUUCUGAUGGCAACACCACCGUUAAGGAAGAAUGCUACUUGCCAAGGGCCGACUCCUUCCACAUCUUCCGAGAUCCCCUCAAGGGAGACCUGCCAUGGCCUGGGCUCAUCUUUGGGAUGUCCAUCCUUGCCCUGUGGUACUGGUGCACAGAUCAGGUCAUUGUGCAGCGCUGCCUCUCAGCCAAGAAUAUGUCUCAUGUGAAGGCCGGCUGCACCCUGUGUGGGUACCUGAAGCUGCUGCCCAUGUUCAUCAUGGUGAUGCCAGGAAUGAUCAGCCGCAUUCUGUACACAGACAAAAUUGCCUGUGUUGUCCCCUCAGAAUGUGAGAAAUACUGCGGUACCAAGGUUGGCUGUACCAACAUCGCCUAUCCAACCUUGGUGGUGGAGCUCAUGCCCAAUGGAUUGCGAGGCCUGAUGCUGUCGGUCAUGCUGGCCUCUCUCAUGAGCUCCCUGACCUCCAUCUUCAACAGUGCCAGCACCCUCUUCACCAUGGACAUCUACACCAAGGUCCGCAAGGGAGCAUCUGAGAAAGAACUCAUGAUUGCUGGAAGGUUGUUUAUCCUGGUGCUGAUUGGAAUCAGCAUCGCCUGGGUGCCCGUUGUGCAAUCAGCACAAAGUGGGCAGCUCUUCGAUUACAUCCAGUCCAUCACCAGUUAUUUGGGACCACCCAUUGCAGCUGUCUUCCUCCUUGGUAUUUUCUGGAAAAGAGUCAGUGAGCCAGGAGCCUUUUGGGGACUGAUCCUAGGAUUUCUGAUUGGGGUUUCACGUAUGAUUACUGAGUUUGCCUAUGGAACCGGGAGCUGCAUGGAGCCUAGCAACUGUCCCACGAUUAUCUGUGGGGUACACUACUUGUACUUUGCUAUUAUCCUCUUCGUCAUUUCUGUCAUCACUAUCGUGAUCAUCUCCCUCUUCACCAAGCCCAUUCCAGAUGUGCAUCUGCACCGUCUGUGUUGGAGUCUGCGCAACAGCAAAGAGGAGCGUAUUGACCUGGAUGCAGAAGAGGAGUACAUCAAAGAUGACCCUAAGGAGACCAUUGAAAUAGACACAGAAGUUCCUGAGGAGAGAAAAGGAUUCUUCAGAAGAGCCUAUGAUCUGUUUUGUGGGCUGGAGCAGCAGGCUGCACCCAAGAUGACUAAGGAAGAAGAGAAAGCCAUGAAGAUGAAGAUGAUGGACACCUCUGAAAAGCCUUUGUGGAGGACAGUGGCGAACAUCAAUGGCCUCAUCCUGCUGACCGUGGCUGUCUUUUGCCAUGCAUAUUUUGCCUGAGUCCUACCUUUUGCUGUAGAUUCACUAUGGCUGGGCUCUUACUCACCUCCCUUUAAUCUUGUCCUGUGGUAUUGAAGGGAAACCAGCCAGUUGUAAAUUUUGCCCAGGUGGAUAAAUAUGUACAUGUGUAAUUACAGGCUAGCUGGAAGAAAAUCAUUAGUUUGCUGUUAACUUAAGCAUUUGAAGAUGGUGUGAUGCAGUCAUCUGUACCUACUGGAGCUGCAGAAAGAAAGUCCACUCAGUCACAUCCAGAAAAAGGUAGAUUAAGAAUCAGAAGCCAUGUGAUGUCUGAUGUGAGUCUGUCUCAGUGUGGUUUGUAAUCCUUGAAUAUUGUUUUAAGAGUUUUGGUCACAGCGGUUCCCGACACUUUCCCUGUUUGUCCUCCUCUCCAUUUUUUAAAAAAGAAAACCAUUUCUCCCCCAUAAUAUCCCUCUUGAGUUUGCGUUUUUCCUGGACUUUGCCUCUCAAGUGUGUCAAUCUGAUAAACUGAGGAAUGCAUGGAAGCUGAAGAUGGAGCUUGAUGGACUCCCUGUCUUGGGUGUUUGCUCUUUGAAGUGGAGGCCUGAGGAAGGUAGUACUUCCACAAAAGGGAGGGACCUGGGCACCAGCUUCAGGCUAGUUGGGGAGGCAGAUAGUCUGAGUCCAGAGAAUUUUCUGGGUUUGUUAAAAUGUCCGUCGUAGUUCCUUGUGUUUGGGAUUCCACUCGUUUUGGCAUUCACAGUGCCUAGAAUGUCUUAGACUUUCAGCAAUGCUUGUUGAAUAAAUGAAUGACAUAGGCAUUUA